CGGCGCGCGCGGGGCCGCCAUGACGCGGAGCUGCUCCGCGCUGGGCUGCACCGCGCGCGACACCGGGCGGAGCCGCGAGCGCGGCAUCUCCUUCCACCAGUUCCCGGUGGACGCCGCGCAGCGCCGCGAGUGGAUCCGCGCCGUGAACCGCGUGGACCCGCGGAGCCGCCGGGCGUGGCGUCCCGGCCCCGGCGCCAUCCUCUGCUCCCGACACUUCGCCGAAGGGGAYUUCGAGCGCUACGGGCUGCGGCGGAAGCUGCGGCGGGGGGCCGUGCCCUCCCGCUUCCCCCCUUCGGAGCCGCCGGGCGCCGGCCGCAGGAGGAGCAGGACCCCCGGCCGAGCGCUGAAGCAGCCGCUGCCCAGCCCCCCGGCCGGGGACCACAACUACAGCCUGCAGGGACAGCGGGCGGCCGAGCCGCGGCCGCCGCCCGACGCUCCCCGGCACCAGCAGCAGCUCCCGGCCGCAGGCAGACGCGGCCCCGAACAUCGAUGCAGGACCGUGCCGAGCCUCCUCAGGGAGCUGGCGGAGAAGCGGCAGCUUUCUGAGGAAAUCGUGAGUUUGCUGCAGGCGCAGUUUUCAGAUUUGCCUUACGAGUUGCACAGCUGGAGGCAGAUAGCAGACUACUCACCAGAAAUGAAGCAAUUUGCUUGUCUUCUCCACCUCUACCAUAUUAAGGCCUAUGAUUACCUACGGAAGAUUCUUCCCCUCCCUCAUCCUUGCAGCCUAACAAACUGGCUGUCUAGUAAUAAGGCUGCUGCAGGCUUCAGCAAUGACAUUUUCCUCCAGCUCCAGGAAAUGGUGGAGAGAAUGGGUCAGGCCUACCGCUACUGCGCCGUGCUGGUACAGGACAUGGYGCUGCAGAAGCAGCAGGAGUGGGACCCACAGACCAAGCGGCUGAYGGGCUUUGUUGACUUGGGAGCAGGCAUCCUCGAUGCUGACGAAGCUCCGCUGGCGUCGGAAGCGAUAAUCCUCAUGGCGGUYGGCAUCUCGAGCCCUUGGACAGCUCCCCUUGGCUAUUUCUUUGUGAACAGCACGUCUGGCCAGUUCCUUGCUCAGCUCCUUCGUCAGGCCAUCAGUAAGCUGAACAACAUUGGGAUCAUGGUCCUGGCUGUGACAUCGGGUGCCUCAGCUCGCGGUGCUGACACUGCCAGAGCUUUGGGGAUCAGGAUAGAUCCCAAAAGGACUCAGUGCACUUUCCAGCAUCCACCCGGUUCUGCUCACAGCAUCGCAUACUUCUUUGACGUUUGUGAUGCCCUCCASCUGAUAAGGAAUGCUCUGCAGUGCUUCCAGAAGGUAGAGUGGCUCAGUGACACCAUGUGGUGGCAGCAUGUGGUGGAGCUGGCAUCUUUGAGGGAGCAGAGGGUGUUGGAGCCGUGCACUCCUGAGUCAGGCAGGGCUGGGCAUAGAGGGAGUUAUCACCUGAAGGUCAACCUUGCGACUUUGCUGUUCAGCGAGGGCGUUGCUGAGGCAUUGGAGCACCUCCAGAAGCUGGGCUUGGCCUCAUUUMAGAACUGCAGCGGCACUGUCAAGUUUGUGCGCCUGAUGAGCUCUGUGUGUGAUAUACUCUAUGGCAGAAGUAGCUGUAAAAAGCAGCUAACUGGGAAUUACACCAAAAUAAGCAACCUCUUCAGCGAGGCCAAGAGCUUCUUUGUCAACUUAACGGACUCUAUGGGGAGAUACAUUGUUAAGAGCAAACGCAAACUAGGAUUUCUGAGCCUCUUGCUCAAUGCUGAAAGCCUCAAGUGGCUUUGCUCCAACUAUUCUUGUCCAGAAGGUGUUCCUUCCCAGCACCUCCACACACAUGCCUUCAGCCUGGACCCUCUGGAGCAGUUUCUCAGGGCCCUCCAGCAAGCCUGUGGCAGUAGUGGAAGCCCCACCUGCACUGUGUUCCAGGCUGCUUACCACAAACUGCUGGCCAGCUGCAGCCUGGCACYGUGCUCACCACACRGCAGUGGCAGUACAAACUCCUGGGACAUAUCCCUGCCUCGGAGGAGAGACCUGACCCUGGGCAGCAUUCGUGCUCAGUAUCACCCAGCUCCUGGGAGGACAGUGGCCCCAGAAUGCCCCUACAGUGCAGGCCUGCUUUUGCCCAGCUGUGCCCUGAGCAAUGCACUGACAGAUCUCUCGCUGUACACACAGAGUGUUACCUCCGCUGCUGGCYGGGUGGCUGAGCAGUUGGCCUUGGAACUGCAGUGUGAGGCUUGUCUGGCCUCUCUCUUUGAGGCAGAUGAGAGCAGGCUAAGAUGCAGGUCAGUGCUCUACAUAAAAAAGUUAGGUGGUCUGAGUUUGCCCUCGGCCAGUGUGCACUACGUAACAAGGAUUUCAGAACAAGUCCUAAACCAGCAUGGCAAAGUAGGAGGUGCCAACAGAAACACCAAGCUAUGGCAUUUGUCUCUAGAACAAAAAGUUUUCCAGGAGCUUCUGGGAAAAAGCCCCUUCUUUCCCACCCUCACAAACCAUUUAUUUGAGGAGGAGCUGAGCAUUAACAACCACUACACAAUCUUAGUAAAGRAAUUAACACGGUGUUACUUAAACAUCAGAACAAACCCUACCCAACACCUGAAUUUGAAAUACCCUUGUGGAAGGCACAGAUUGAAGAGACUGAAGGGAAAACAUUUGUUUCCAUCAGCACKGGGUAGCUCUCAGUCAAGCUAAACCCCAAUGGUUUUACUCUGCUGUUCCAAGGAUGGCUAUUCCCUGCUGAGGCUCACUGCUGGUCAUGUCUAGGCAACACAUGUGAGGAAACAGUGCUGGCAAAACUAGUGAUGAUAAAGCAGUGAUGUUUUGGACCAUUGCAAAGCCCCUGACCUAAGUUUAGCUGAGCAAAGCAAGAAGUURAUCCAAUCCCCUGUUCCUUCUAGUAAUCCUGCAAUGCAGCCAUGUAUUUCAUGGAACUUGCAUGGCAGGUCRGGUUGAGCAAUGGUUGCUUGAGAUACCUGGGACAGCAGUAGGAGACUGCAGUGCCCACUGGAAGUGCUGGGUGCCUUUAGUGCUGUAUAUGUUCUUGGCAGGGGAAAAC